UGCGGGAGCUGCGUCUGCAGCCGUGCCCGGGCAGGUGCUGCUGCAGUGUCCCUUGUCGCCGUGGGUGACAGCGCAGCUCAGGCUGGACGGCAGCGGAGUGCAUUGUGGUGACCAAGGCAUCGGUGCCUUUCUGGGAGACAAAUGUCCCUCCACGAUCAAUGAGUCAAAAUUUGUGCUCUUGAGGUCACCUUACUUAAGUAGUGUGCCUUGGAAGGUGGACAAGUCCUACACAAUGCCCUGGGAUCUGUUAUUGCUCAGCUGGAAGCAGGUGGCUGAAAUACAUCAGACACUCAUACAAAUGAAACAGGAGGAAGGUGCAGAAAAGGCUGAACUGCACCAGCUUUGGAAGAAGAUGCUCUGGUUACUGAAAAACAGGACACAGAACCAGAGAUCUCCGUCUGCUCGGCGUUUCCAGAAGGGCCUCUCUGCGCGGGACCGAGGGACCGAGGGGGAGCGGGGGCAGAUGGGCCGGCCGCCCUCCCUCUGCAUCUUGUCCUAGUCCUGUUUGCACCGGGUCAGCCUCUGUAUAGUUGUGCCUCUGUAUAGUUCUGUCUCUCUGUCUCCAGUUCUACAUCAGUAUGCACGGAACAGUAGAGCUAUACACAGUUCUGUGUCUUUAGUUACAAGGACAUGGAGGUGUGGCUGGGUACUUUGGUCAUUGUAUAGCUCUGUAUGGGCUGUGUAGAGCCAUUUUUAAAUAGAAGUCAGUGUAUUUGCACAAUGCAGAUUGUUAUUUUUAUCUAUCUCUCAAUUGCUAUGUAAAUCUACAUUGCAUUAUAGUUGUCUCCCAGCUCUGUGGGUAUUUAAAGAGGGCCAGGGAUAUUUGUCGUGCUCCAUUCAUGCAUGGAUCUGUACAGGCGCCACCUUGUAACCUGUCAGUGAUGAGAUGGUGUGAACUGGCGGUGAUCUGCUGUUUGCCAUGGAGUCAGCAGAGAUGUAACUACAUACAGCAAGCUUGUAACAGAGCUCAUUAUUUAUCUGUAAGAACUGAGGGUAACAAGCUGAAAUACAUUUCCUUUUUCAA